AUGGACGGGUAUGCGCCAGCCUAUGUGGCUCAUAACGUUCCUUUGCUAGUUGUUUCUGGAUUGGACUCUGCACCGCAGGAUAAGUCAAUAGCUCCGGAAGGAGCAAUACGGAUAGCAUCCGAGAUUCCUCCUGUCGAAUCUGAAGACGCCCAGGUCCUUUUGAGGCAUUUCAAAGACAGCGAUGCUGGAGAAUUGGCAUGGAAUGCCAGAGAAUACAGUGGGAGGAACAAGUUCCGAGUGAAGACUGUUGGAAGGGAUUUUAAUUUACCAGCUCGAUAUGCUCAGCUUCUCCAAUCUCCUCUGCCUACCAGCCCAGUAUCGAAACCCGUCCUACAUUCAGCGCUUUCUCCCUUGAGCCCGGACUCGACGUUGUUUCCCGACGGUCUGCUUGAUUCAAAAUGGAUCGAGAAACACCAAGAGCUUGUUCCGAGCGCUUACAUCUCGUUCUACACGUUUACUUCUGAUCCAAAGCUAUCUACGCUACAUGAUAACCAGUUGAAGACGGAUAUCAACAACACAAAGAGUAUAUUGAGCCAAUCUGGCUACAAGACUCGGCAGAUAGUUGCCCUUCUCAGUGAGAAAUCUAUUGUACAAUCUCCUGAAGUUGAAGAGCGCCUUGCAAACAUUCGUAAAGCUACCGGUCUCGACUCUAAAACCUCAUUGUUCUUUCUGCCUCCUCAAAGUUCCUCGGUUGAGCUUCAAGCAUUUGUUCAGACGAUCAUUUCUACCAUUUAUCCUGUAUGUAUCGAAUACUAUCGAGAUCUCAGCAAACACUCGAGAAGGAAACGGAAUCGCGGCAUUAUCCCUCCACCCACAGCCCCACCGACAUCAGGUACAUCGCAGACACUUUCUAGUCAAGGAUGGAAUGUCCGUUACGAUUUCAAGCUUGGCGUUUUUGCCGAGUUCAGGCAAGAAAUGGAUGCUGCUGUUCGGUCUUACGAAAGCGGCUAUGAAGUGUUACUUGGAGCAGAUGUCCUUGAAACAAUAGCAAGCUGGAAUCCGAGAUGGAACGAGGCUCGUCUACUUGCUGAUGUAUUCGCUAUACGUAUCUUACGCUGCUUGCUCUGGAAUGGUAAUUCAACAGCUGCUGUCCGGCGCUGGCAGUCGCAUCGAGACAGAAUCCGUGAUUUUGUUGAUAGAAGGGGUAAGGGAUCAGCAACCUAUGGCUGGGAGGCUUGGGAGGCUCGCUGGGCAACUGUCAUGGCUGAGCUUGUCAAGAAAGCCUCAUUCAUCGAGUUCGUAGGCUUCCCACUAUAUCUACAAGCUGAGAAGACUAUCCCAAUCGGAGAACGCAUGAAACCAUGGGACUACCUUCACCAUCCAGGUUAUUGGUAUCGUUUAGCAGCCAGGCAUCUUAUGGCUCGUCGUAUCCUUGCACUCUCCAUUCCUGAAGAGGACCGAUCACCUCCUGGGUCAUCUCCGGCCUCAGAAAUUGCUAGCAAAGCAUACACGUACGACACAUAUCUUUGCCCGGAGCCUCAUGAAGAGAACCCCCUUCCUGGGCAUGAGGGUGUCGACCACUCCGCUCUCAUCAUUGAGUCUUUAGACAAAGGCAUUGUUGAAUUCCAGCGAAAUGGCCAGUCUCGAUUUUUGCAAGAAUUGCAGUUGCUGUCAGCAAAUGAGAAUAUGAAACGGGAAGCUUGGGAUGAGGCGUUGAAAAUUUUGCGGCCAUUGUGGCAAAAGAUGUCCUACAGGAAAGAAGGUUGGUGGAAUGGAGUCGAAGAGAUCAGUUGGGCUUUGCGAAAGGCUGCGGUACAAGCUGGUGAUGGCGGGUCUAUUAUUGCUGUGGAUUGGGAGAUGAUGAACAAGAAUUUCACUCAUCAUCCCAAUUGGCAUUAUGAUCUUACCAAAUCCUUGCAAGGUCUCGAGGCCAUCAAGGCGAGACCUACAGUGGUCCUUCAUGAGAAAGAGGUCAACUCCUUCCUAUCCGCGACGUUUACCUUUGAGUAUUCGGAGGGAAAGGUAGGAGAGCUAUGUUCUUCACAACUUGCAGUCAAGUCGUCUGCUAUGCCAACCGCCGCACCAAUGACGAUGCCUGAAAUUAGACUAAGCUUCGAAGGCAGCAUGAAGCCUUUGAUCUUGAGGCACGUAUCCGAUGUGGACGAGCUUAGUGAUAACUCUGGAAUUAUAUCUUUGAGCAACGUCACUCUGAACGAGAUUUCUGAAGGAGGGCGGGCGAGCCUUGUUGGCGAAACGACCUUGAUCUUUCGACCAGGUCAAACUAGGGUUUUUGAGUUCAGCAUCGCUCUGAGAGAAGCUGGCGAUGGGACUGCUGUGUCUGCAACGUUUCUCAUGAAUGACGACCUGUUCGAUCUCGAAUACAUUCAUACUUUUGAGCCAACCAACGCACCCGAUGUUUGGUGGGGACCAAUGUCCGUGAAAAAGAGACUGGUCCGCCAAAAUGCAGCAGCAAUCUCGGUUCUUCCUAAGCCGCCAAAGUUGGAACUAAGAUUCCUUGGUCUUCGAGAACAAUACUAUACCAACGAGCAAAUCGUCUUGCAACUCGAAGUUGUCAACGAGGAAGAUGCCGAUGCAAUGGCGAACCUAGAUGUUCAUCUAUUGGGUGAAGGAGUACCUGCUGUAGAGCUCAAGGUCCCUGCUAUCUCUACGGAUGCUGAGGAUGGUCCGACUGGCGAGGACCUUAUCGGGACGCCACUUGGUAGGAUUGCAAGUGCUGCAUCCACUAUAGUUGAGCUUUUAAUUCCUCCAGUCGACUUACCUGCUGUCUACGACAUAUCGAUGAAAGCUACGUACAGUCUCGUCUUGGAUUUAGAAACGCCAAUCUAUCGCUCCAUGGCGAUGCAGUUGGAUGUUGCAAGUCCCUUUGAAGCAAACUAUGAUUUUUCACCCCGGAUCCAUCCUGAUCCAUGGCCGAGCCUCUUCACACAUGUUGAAGGAGAAGAUGCUGGCACAGAGGUCCAAGCCCAUGGCUUAGCUCAGAAGUGGUGUCUAAAUGCUCGCUACGCCUCUUUUGCUGCGGACGAGUUAAUCGUCGAGGAUGUGGACGUGCAGAUCUUAGGCAUGAAUGGUGGCAUUCAAUGCUAUACCAAACAGUUGACAAAGAUACCAAAAGAUGGCUUACAGGUCGCCCCUAAGAGCUUAGAAGAAGCUCAGUUCGAAGUUUUCACGCAGAAAAUAUCUCUGGAUGAUCGCGGCACGGCAACGCUGGAUGUCUCACUGGCUAUCAAAUGGCGACGUGGUGGAGAAGGUUCCGCUGUCAAUACAACUAUCUUAGGCGUACCCCGACUACUUGUUGCCAGUACUGAACCAAGAGUCCUAGCCGCGGUAUCAUAUUCAACGAAAAUACCAUCAAUGAUCCACUUUGACGUCACGAUCGAGAAUCCUUCCAAUCACUUCCUUACCUUUGGCAUCACCAUGGAACCGAGCGAAAAGUUUGCCUUCUCGGGAGUUAAGCAAUCGACUCUUCAACUUGUACCGCUAUCGAGGAAAUCGUUGAGGUUCCGUUUGCUGCCUAGUGUACGGGGAGAGUGGAUUGGGCCUCUUCAUUGUGUGAUUCGGGAUAGGUAUUUCCAGAAGGUGCUUAAGAUUGCGCCGACUGAGGGCAUGAGACUUGAUAAAGAAGGCAUUCUCAUUUGGGUCCCUCCUGAAGAGGAUCUCUAGGCGGUGAACUAGAGAUACGGUAGUUAGAUGAGAAAUAGUGUUCAAGACCAUGAUACCACAUAAAUAGAUUCACAAUCCUUGUUGAGUGGGCAUCACCGUGUCAAUCACUUUAGACGUCUCCAGACUUUUCACUGAUACUAAGGUUAAAGUUGGCUUCGCCUCGUCCUCACCUUAAGAGUGUAUCAGAGUCAGGAUUUUGUUGCACAUCGACUGAAUGCAUGGAGUUGAUUGAGGACAUUGAGCGGUUUGGAGUAUCUGGGGAAAGCGAACAUGAAAUCCAAUGAAGAUUGUCCAAUUUCUUCUUCUAUUGCAUAUACACUCUCCUGUGAUCCUUUCUAGAUUUUGCUCUUUGGAAUCGGCUUCAGCGGAGGUCCAAUUCGCCUCUUCCACUCCUCUGAAAAAGUGGUCUUCGCCUCAAAACUCUGCUUCGUCCACUCAAUAUACUCCUGCCUCUCCUUGUCAAGCUUCUUCACCUCCUUUCCUAACCACGCCGCCG